AACGUACCGAUUAGGUUUCUUUCCGAGUAUCGCGAAGCGGGCUCGAUCGAGGGAGUGGGGGGAGAGAGAGCAGAGGAGCCAUGAGGCCGAUCUUGAUGAAGGGCCAUGAAAGGCCACUGACGUUCCUCAAGUACAACCGGGAGGGGGAUCUGCUCUUCUCCUGCGCCAAGGAUCACAACCCCACCGUCUGGUUCGCCGACAAUGGCGAGAGGCUCGGCACUUACCGAGGCCACAACGGCGCCGUUUGGUGCUGCGACGUCUCCCGGGACUCUAUGCGCCUCAUCACGGGCAGUGCAGAUCAGAGCGUGAAACUAUGGAAUGUCCAGACAGGGGCCCAACUCUAUUCUUUCAACUUUGAUUCUCCAGCUAGAUCUGUGGACUUCUCUGUUGGUGAUAAGCUUGCCGUAAUCACGACUGAUCCAUUUAUGGGGUUGCCAUCCACCAUUCAAGUGAAACGAAUUGCAAGGGAUCCUAAUGAACAGAGUAGUGAGUCAGUCCUUACAAUCAAGGGGCCUCAGGGGCGAAUAAAUAGGGCUAUUUGGGGACCUCUAAACAAGACUAUUAUAAGUGCUGGUGAAGAUGCAGUAGUCCGUGUGUGGGAUACUGAGACCGGCCAGCUGUUGAAGGAAUCUGACAAAGAAACUGGUCAUCAGAAAACAGUUACCUCACUGUCAAAAUCUGCUGAUGGUUCCCACUUCUUGACAGGUUCCUUAGAUAAAUCUGCCAAGCUCUGGGAUGCUAGAACUCUGACUCUUAUCAAGACAUACGUGACCGAGCGUCCAGUCAAUGCUUGUGCGAUAUCUCCACUUCUUGAUCAUGUGGUUAUUGGGGGAGGCCAAGAGGCAGUACAUGUCACAACCACUGAUCGUCGUGCUGGAAAAUUUGAGGCAAAAUUCUUUCACAAGAUUCUUCAAGAAGAAAUCGGGGGUGUGAAGGGACAUUUUGGACCGAUUAAUGCUCUGGCUUUCAAUCCUGAUGGGAGAAGUUUCUCGAGUGGUGGCGAAGAUGGUUACGUAAGACUGCAUCAUUUUGACCCAGAUUAUUUCACUAUUAAGAUGUGAGCAAGGAAUAUGCGCAGCCUAUUCCUGUCUUGUGGAGGAACUUUGAAGAACGAGGAUUUUGUUGCUGGACCUCUAUAUCGUGUAGAAGGAUAUGGACAUCCACAUUUAUUAUGUGCAACUGCUCAAUACUAUAAACAGUUUCAAGAAUGUUUUUGGAGUACUGGGAAUUACACCAUUGUUUAAUUUGCCCGCAGAAUUUUUUAUACAAGCAUGCAUUAACUCAA